GAGUGAGUGAGUGAUGCUCAGUGAGCGGCGAAACUGGACCUCUUUAAUUCUGCACAGCAUUGUGUCCGGAUUGUAUAUACGUUUGGAUUCUUCUUGCCUGCAGCGUAUAGUUUAAAUGAAUCUUAUAAGAUUUAUGAACAGCCGGGCACCAGCUAAUAAGAGGUAUCAGCCGACAGAAUAUGAGCACGCAGCUAACUGUGCUACACACGCGAAUUUGCAGAAUAAGGACUAUUACUUACAGCUCUGGAUCAUUCCCAGUAUUGUGGGUGGACUUUUGUUGUACUUCCUUUCUGAUGACCACUGGGAGGAGAUUUCGGCGUGGCUCUAUGGUGCUGGCUUAUCGAGCCUUUUUAUCAUUUCUACGGCCUUCCACACUAUCACCUGGAAGAAGAGCCAUAUGCGAUCCAUUGAGCAGUGUUUCCACAUGUGUGACAGGAUGGUGAUCUACUUCUUCAUUGCUGCAUCCUACACACCCUGGCUGACUUUACGGGAACUCGGUCCAUGGGCCGCUCACAUGCGCUGGGUUGUCUGGGUGAUGGCCUCUGGAGGAACUGCCUAUGUCUUCUUCUUUCACGAGAGGUAUAAAGUGGUCGAGUUGGUCUGCUAUACAGCAAUGGGAGUGUUUCCAGCGAUGGUUAUUCUGUCUAUGGCUGACAGGUCGGGUGUGUGCGAGCUGUUGGUUGGUGGCGGGUGUUACGUGUUGGGGAUGGUGUUCUUUAAAAGUGAUGGAGUGGUGCCCUUUGCGCACGCCAUAUGGCACCUGUUUGUUGCCAUGGGGGCGGGCAUCCAUUACUACGCCAUCUGGAAGUACUUGUACACACCUGGCAAUCAACAGACCAGCACCGCUCGGUGACACCCACACCCACCCACACACACAUACAGGGAUGCUCCCUAAAUGAUCAUCUAAAUGAUAAAUUUGGUUGAAGAAGGGAAAUAUAUUUCAUUCCAAAUUGGUUUACACACUGCUGGUGUGAAGCACAGAUCCUUAUUGAGCAAUC